UUCAAAUACAGAGGAAAAAAAAUUUAUGGUUCCUUCCUUCAUCGUGUGCCGGUACUUAUUACCGAUUAUACAUUCUCAUAAUUGUCUAAUAUAUUGUGAAUUUAACUAGGAAAACUAAACCACAAUGCAUACAGAAACUACGUUAACCCUUAUACAAAUAUUGGAAAAGACUAUAUCCCCAGAUCGAAAUGAGUUGGAAGCAGCGGAAAAGUAUCUGGACCAGGCAGCAGCCACCAACUUCACCACAUUUAUCAAAAUGCUAUCAGAUGUCUUGGUCCAGGGGGGCAACAGUCAGGUGGCUAGGAUGGCUGCUGGUUUACAACUGAAAAACCAUCUCACUUCUAAGGACCAAUCAACAAGACAGAACUAUCAACAGAGAUGGCUUGCUUUGCCUGAAGACAUCAGAUUAUAUAUAAAGAAAAAUAUAUUAACAGCAAUAGGCACAGAAAAUAGUAGACCUAGUUCUGCUGCACAAUGUGUAGCAUAUGUGGCAGUUGCUGAACUUGCAGUUGGACAAUGGAAUGAUCUAAUUCCUGUUUUGGUAGAAAAUGUUGUCAAUACCCAAUCCACAGAAUUGAAAAAGGAAGCUACUUUGGAAGCUAUUGGUUACAUCUGUCAAGAAAUAGAUGCAGAAGUAUUAACAGAACAAAGCAAUCCAAUACUAACUGCCAUUAUCCAUGGUAUGAGGUCAACUGAACCCAGUAAUCAUGUUCGACUAGCGGCUACACAAGCUCUCCUCAACUCUCUUGAAUUCACAAAGGCUAACUUUGACAAAGAGAAUGAGAGAAACUUUAUUAUGGAAGUCGUUUGUGAAGCAACACAGUCAAGUGACAUGAGGAUAAGUGUGGCCGCUCUACAGUGCUUAGUAAAAAUAUUGUCUCUCUAUUACCAAUAUAUGGAGCCGUAUAUGGGACAAGCCCUAUUCCCUAUCACUUUAGAGGCUAUGAAAUCAGACAUAGAUGAGAUUUCACUACAGGGUAUUGAAUUUUGGUCCAAUGUUAGUGAUGAAGAAAUCGAUCUUGCUAUUGAAGAAGUCGAAGCAGGAGAAGCAGGCCGCCCACCCAUAAGGACUUCAAAAUUCUAUGCCCGAGGUGCGCUUCAGUAUCUAGCUCCUGUGCUUAUGCAAAAAUUAACCAAACAAGAUGACUCUGACGAUGAAUUAGAAUGGAAUCCAUCUAAAGCAGCAUCUGUGUGUCUUAUGCUUCUUUCAAAUUGUUGUGAAGACGAGAUUGUACCGCAUGUGUUGCCUUUUAUACAUUCAAAUAUCAAAAGCGAAAACUGGCGAUACAGAGAAGCUGCCCUGAUGGCUUUUGGAUCUAUAUUAGGAGGACUCGAAGCUACUAUUCUUAAGCCCUUGGUAGAAAAUGCAAUGACAACUUUAAUUGAAGCUAUGUACGACACAAGUGUGGCCGUAAGAGAUACUGCGGCAUGGACAUUUGGGAGAAUUUGUGAAAUUGUUCCUGAAGCAGCAAUAAAUGAGAAUUACCUAAAACCACUUUUAGAAAGUCUUGUUAAUGGUCUGAAAGCAGAACCACGUGUUGCCGCAAAUGUAUGUUGGGCGUUCACUGGUCUGGCAGAGGCUGCAUACGAAGCUGCUGAUUGUGAAGAAGAGUCUAAUCAACCUCAAACAUACUGCAUGUCCAAUUACUUCGAUUUUAUUGUAGAGAGGCUUUUAGAAACUACUGAUCGUCAAGAUGCAGCACAACAUAACUUAAGGUCUGCUGCUUAUGAAGCUCUCAUGGAAAUGGUAAAGAACUCACCCACUGACUGCUAUGUUACAGUACAAAAAACCACAAUGGUCAUUUUGGAAAGAUUGCAGCAGGUACUUCAAAUGGAAAAUCAUAUUGCCAGCCAGGCAGACCGCUCACAGUUUAAUGAUCUCCAAAGUCUUCUUUGUGCGACACUUCAAUCUGUUCUUCGUAAGGUUACACCUGAAGAUGCACCUCACAUAUCUGAUGCUAUAAUGACUGCUCUAUUAACAAUGUUUGCUGGCAAUGCUGGAAAAGCUGGCGGGGUUCAGGAAGAUGCACUCAUGGCUGUGUCUACAUUAGUUGAAGUUUUAGGAGAAGGUUUUCUAAAAUAUAUGGAUGCCUUCAAAAGAUAUCUCUAUGUUGGUCUUAAAAACCAUCAAGAACAUCAAGUAUGCAUUGCAGCGGUUGGUCUUACUGGCGAUAUUUGUCGGGCGCUGAAAAGUAAGGUGCUACCAUAUUGUGAUGAAAUUAUACUUUUACUCUUAGAGAAUCUUGGUGAUCCAUCUAUACAUCGUUCAGUAAAACCACAAAUAUUAUCUGUGUUUGGUGAUAUUGCUCUAAGCAUCGGACCUGAUUUUGCUAAAUAUUUCGAUAUUGUGAUGCAGAUGCUACUGCAGGCCAGUAAUGCACAAGUGGAUCGUAAUGAUUAUGACAUGGUGGAAUAUUUAGGUGAACUUCGUGAAAGUGUACUUGAAGCUUAUACUGGUAUCAUCCAAGGACUGAAAGGCGCUACCGGAGAGGUGCGGUCGGACGUGACGUUGGUGGAGCCGCACGUGCCGGCGAUCGUCAACUUCAUGAUCCAGGUGGCGUGCGAGCCGGAGCGCACGGACGGGCACAUGUCGGUGAUCGCGGGGCUGGCGGGCGACCUGUGCACGGUGUUCGGGCAGCGCGUGCUGCCGCUGCUGGAGGCGCGCCCGCUGCUCGAUCUCCUGCAGGCUGCGCGCCGGUCGCGUACUCCGCGCACCAAAACACUCGCCAAUUGGGCCACCAAGGAGAUCCGCAAACUCAAGCAGCUGCCCAAUCUUGCUAGCUGAUUUGAAUCAUCACAGUGCAGCGCUAAUGUAAUGCAGUUUCAGACAACUUAUUGCUGGUAAACUCAAUUAUAUUGGCAGGUCAUAUCAUAUUAUUAUUCAGACGCUAGGUGCAUUUGUAUUGCAGCUGUUACGUCUUGUUGUAAUAGAACAAUGUAUAUGUUUAUAAAUUGUUUUAAUUUUUAGGUUAUUCAGUUCAUGAAUAACGACUCUUUAUUGUUUAGCUAAAUAAAUGUGUGAACUAUUAAUAAAUUAAUUCCAAACUUUGUUUCUGUUAUUUAUCAUAAUCGGGAAUUAUUUAUUGAUCGUUUUACAAAGUAAUUAAACUACGGCCGCAUGUAAUGCACCUAUCGCUAGAUUAUUCAAAUUAUUUAAGUAUGCCUGGCCAUUAUAUUUCCAUAAUGAUCUUAAUAAAGGUUGAAGCAUUUUUCCUAUUUGGUAUUAUAAAUACAGACAGUGGCUGUGGUAUCUUUACUUAUGUGAGUUAAAGUGAUAUUUUGAAAGAAAGUUGAAUGAAAGAUGACGUAUGUUAUUAUAGGCAUGCACAAGUGCAAGGGAUUGUGAAUUUUAUAAAUUAUGUUUUGUAAGACAUAUGAAAGGGAGUGUGAAUGGUAAAGUAUGUAUGAGGUGAUGCAUGUAUGUUUAUCACAGAUGUUUGUAACUUAGGCAUGUGUCGAACUUUAUAUGAAGUCGGUAUAAUAUAAGAUUCCGUCAUCGUAAUUUGAGACUGAAGGACACCAUAUUGGUGAUAAGCACUUUUUAUUCAUCACAGUACAGUACUAAAACAAAUCAUCUGUAAUAUAAAAAAAUAUGCCCUUAAUCUUCAUUUAUAUAAUGCUAAAGUUUAUACUCGAUUUUGACACACAAUGUGCCAUAUAUAUUAUUUCGGAGCCGGCUUUGAUAUUAUUUUAGUUAUCUAAAUAUGUGCAUUCCUGAGAGAAAAUGCGGUUGUAUAAAAACAAUUACACUUUCAUUAUUAUAUUUUUGUUAAUGUCGAAUACAUCGAAUACCGGCGCAAUUUUUGUCAGGUGUAGAAUUAUGUUAUUAAUAAAGUUACUACUAAAAACAUAUAACAAUUUAAGGAGCUAACUAUGUACGGAUUUGUAUAAAUUUGUAAGGGCAAUCCAUUUUGUAUCCCAUUCACGACUGUUGUUAUAUAUUGACAUAAUUUAUUAUCCAACGAAAACUAAGAUAUUCUGUGUUUUUGUUGGAUACUUAACAUUACUUAUACCACUUUUACCCACAACUGAAGAUCAUAAUGUUAUAUACUAUACAUUGAAUUACACGUUAUUAUACAGCGUUAACCGGAAAGAUUAUGCUAAGUCGAAAGGAUAUGAAAGUACCCACGAACAACUUUUAUUUUACAACAUACUCUUUUGAGUUACAACAUACAUUUUUUUUUUGAGGUAUGGUUUCAAAGAUAUAUAUAUAAAUACAAUAAUAAAAAAGACGUAACGUAAAAAUCAUCUUUUUUAUUUUAAGGUCAAGAAUCCUUUUGAUUACGCCAAUAAGUAAUGUCCGCUUCUUUAAUAGAUUUACAGGGAGCGCCCUGUAAUUUCGCGUUAUUCCUGUAACAAUGGUUCCAAUUAACUACAUUUCUUAUUCUUUUGUAAACUUGCGCUAUGUUUCCUCUCGUAAACUGUAUUAUUCGUAAAAAGUGCUUCAUUUAGAUAGACAUUCAAGCGUGUAAUCAAUCAUUCAAUGAACAACUCUUGGGUGGUAUUGAACCAGUAUUUAUCAUACCACGAAAUCGUUUCUAUCCACACUGCUGUUACAUUUAGUCUAACGGCCCAGAUGGUAUCAAAUUUAUAGUUUGUUUUAUUUUUUAACUUACUUUUUGUUGUGAGUGAAACAACAAAAAGUAAUUUAAAAAAUAAAAAUGGUUAAAAACGUAGGUAUUAGGGAUAUUUUACGAUGCUAACGGAUUUGCCUUUUUCAACUAACCCUGUAUAAUUAUGUCCAAAAUAUUAUCGAAAGUAACGAAAUAAAGUGGUAACCUAAAACAAAAUUAUACAUAUGAUUAUAAAUAUUUAAAAAAAUGUCUUGUGAUGAAUAGAAAGAGAAAUUGCCUCUGGUCUCUCUAUUUACAUUAUUUGUACAUAUGUAAUUAAAAGCUCUUUUGUUACACUUUAAUAAUAUUAGAAAACGACAAUGACAGAAAUAGUUGCAAAGCAGGAAGAUAAUUAUUUUUAGUUAUAUUACAAGUCCUUAGGGAUCUUUGAAAAUUUGAUUAAGCAGAAUUACGGUUUUAGCAAUCAAAUUUGAAUCUCAAGGUGUUGUAGUGUUUUUUUUUUGCAAUAACUUAUGAAUUUAUUGUAUGAAUUUCCAUAAUUAUAUUUUUCCUUAAAGUGUUCGUACUUUUUUUCCUUCGGUUGUAUUAUCUAAUUUAAAUACGUCUUUAAAUUGAUAGUUAGUGCCUUCACCUGAUGAGUCGGAAAAAAAAUAAAAUGUCUGAAAGUAACCGAGUCACAGAUAUUUCUGUUAACCACUUCUGUUAUUAGUAGUAUUCGAUCCUUUUAAAAUACACCUACAUUACAGUUUUGGUAGGAGCUUUGUAAGUACAUUAAUGCCUAUUGUAUAAAUCAAAUAGAAUUUUGAGUGUCUGCUAGUCUGUGAGCAUCACUGACAGGGAUGAUGUUUGCGCGAGUUAUGCAAGAUUUAUGAGAAGUGUAUCUUUACUCAUCUAACCAUUUUGUGUUAUAUAUAAUUAUAUAUGUAUAUAUAUAAUUUUAUUAUGCCCUUCUGAGGGCAGUUCAUGAUUUUGUCUGAAUAUUUCAAACAUCUUAAGUUGUUUUUAUUGAAGUAUGAUAGGAGAAUGUGUGAGGACUAGUGCCAUGCCAUGAAAGGUUCUGAAUUAGAAUCAUAGGCAUCGAGUCAAUGAAUACCACCCACUUUUCCUGCGCGAUUUGAAAAUAAAAUAAAAUUAUUUUGUUACAACUUUUAUUUCUUUUUGAUUACAACUACUAUUCUUUAAACUGUUCUAUAAUAAAUAAAACAUUUAGA